UGGGGCAUUGUCUGGAAAGGUAAAUUUAGAAGAGAGCUAUUCUUUUUAAUUUGAUAUAUCAUUGUUGUCGGAUAUUGGGAAGAAAAGUUUGAUAGGAGGUUGUUCACUAGUGUCUAGAGAUUGGUUUAACAUAUUUUGACGCUUUCAAACGUCCAAUAUAGCCCCUUUAUUGGUCAUGUUUUCUGGUAAAAUUUGUCAACACAAAAAUGUCGGAUUUGCAAGUAGUACCAUGGCUUCCGUUAUUUUGACCUACUUUUAUAACCGAAUAACUGCGUAUUAUUCAAUCACGUCGCGUUUCCAUCUUUAUGGCGUAACUUGAGGUUUACUUAAAGAUACAUUAUGGGAGAUUAGAUAAAGAGCUGGCAGUUCUCACUAUAAUAAUUAAAAACUAGAUAGAUCUAAUGACAAUGUAAUUAUUGUAAAGGGAAUUUGCUGAAAAUUUCAGUAAAAUUAAUCCACUCUGAUCCGAGAUUUUAGCGAUUGAAUUUUUGGCCUAGCCGCGAUCAUCAUUACUAAAGUCUGUAUGAUAAAAAAAACAUUGUCUCGAUUAUCCAUUUCAAGAUUAAAUUAAGAAUGGCAGUCGAACAGCAAAUCGGAACCUAAUCCAAUAAACAUUGCAGGCUAGCGAUGACAUCGAGAGUUGAUUAUGGUCUGGAUAAGUUUAUUGAUGUCUAAUUAAUAAUUAUUGUAAAGGGAAUUUGCUGAAAAUUUCAGUAAAAUUAAUCCACUCUGAUCCGAGAUUUUAGCGAUUGAAUUUUUGGCCUAGCCGCGAUUAUCAUUACUAAAGUCUGUAUGAUAAAAAAACAUUGUCUUGAUUAUCCAUUUCAAGAUUAAAUUAAGAAUGGCAGUCGAACAGCAAAUCGGAACCUAAUCCAAUAAACAUUGCAGGCUAGCGAUGACAUCGAGAGUUGAUUAUGGUCUGGAUAAGUUUAUUGAUGUCUAAUUAAUAAUUUAGAUAUCAUUUCAGGCCAAAAGAAGAUCUGCAAUAGGCAGAUAUAGCUCUUGCAUAAUCUAUGUUUAAUGAUUAGACAUGAUAUCAGAAAAUGGUCUGGAAGAAACCAUAAUUGUAUUGUUAGCACUAGAUCUACUACAUGUAGUACUAGAUGUUAGAAAAACUACUAGCCUACUAGGCCUACUAAUAUUACAGACUGUACUACUACUACUAUUUUCAUAAUUAUAAAUUAUGACUAAAAGGAACCAGAACUGUUGACACAUUUCAAUGUAAAACUACAGUGAUCUUAGACUCAGUAUGAGAAUUAAAUUCAGUGCUUGUGUCUGAGCUCACGCCUUUUCAUAUGUUGCAAAUUUGCAUUAUAAAAUUUAGUUGUGGGUAUUUAUUCUGCCCCGUGAGUCAAUAACUAUAACUGGAAAUUUUGAAAUGAAGUACCAGACCGAAUAUAUCAUGUUUUCCUGAAAAAGUUAAAAAAAAAAAAAAGACUGCUGGUAUGUUCGUUUGGUUCGUGUGUCCUAACUAUUGGUUAUCGCUAUUGGUCUGUGUGCAUUUUGAUUUAUUUUUCUAAAUUUAUCACCAUUAAUAGAAAUGGAUAUGAAAUUGGUCACACUAUUUAAAUUUUUUUGAAUUUUGUGCCAUUACUCUGAAAGUUAAUUUUGCAAUUGCAAAGGAAAUGGCUUAAUUCACUAACAAUACUUUUUUCAAUAUGUUCAUUAAGGCCUUCAUUGCAAUUUUACUAUUCCUUGUACAGUAUGUUUCCCAAAUACAUAGAUUGAAGCCAAAUAUUCCAUCAAUAUUUGUUAUGAAAAGCAAAUUCAGUACACGUACCUGGUACAUGUCUUGAUCUGUAAAAAAAUAAUAAUAUAGAUUAGGCCUAGUUUGUGAAAUCAACUUUCUUAUAAUGUCAAUAAGACAACGUCUUGUGGUUUGGUGAUCUUAUAUCUUUGAUGUCUGUUGAUUAUUUGUAUACCAGUACUUUAUGUUUUGUCUCCUGAUUUUUAGUGUGUACUGUUGAUUUGUAAGUUUGGGUAAAUAAUGACACACGCUUUUACUUCUGUGGUUUGAGAUGAACUUGCCAGUAGCUGAAUUAGUGAUAUUUUAUAUUGAACAAACAAUGCUUGAUGGGUUAUUGUGUCUUGAAACAAAGCAUAUUAAAAUAUGUAUGCAUUGCCAUUGGUAUCUUAACUAUCUUGAUGCUGUAUUUUGGAAAUAUUUGUUACAAAUUGGAGGUAAAAUGUGACUACCAGUAGUAAUCACUAAAUUGUCAGUUCUCUCUGAUUUUAUUAAUGAUAUUUGGAAUAGUUUGGUACGAAAAGACUGCCACAAAUUUGAAAUUAGUUACACAAAUAUAGUGUGAUUAUGUAGUGUUUUAGACUCCAAUUCAUGUUCAUGAUGCCAUUUUGAGGUCCUUUGCUUAAUACACACACAAUGAACUUAUAAAAUUAUUACUCUUGGGUACAUGUACUUGACAUAUGAAAUCUUUCAUUACAUUGAAAAUUUAUAUAAACAUACUUAUCUUGAUCGCAUUGCAUAAUUUAUUUCCAAGGCCUAUAUUUGGUCUUAUUCAUCGGUUGAUUCCAAUCAAGUUACUUUUCUGCAAGUUUUUGUUAACUCUCAUUUGUCCUAAAGUACACAUAGUCUAAUUGAAAACCUUGUAUCAAUAUUGUAAAGUAAUCACAACAGUUUCUACAAGUACAGUGAUUCUCUUGUCAUUUUCAUGUGUGUAUAAUUGUGAUCAAAUUACAAAGUAGAAAAGGGACAAUAGGGCGGGACUGGGUGAUUGGGAAGUUCUUAAUAUUAAAUAAUUGGACAAAUAAAGUUGGACGGGGGUGGGGGUUGUAGCUGACUUGAAGAUUAGAAGAAAUUUAAAUGGCUUCACCAAAUUAAAAAGUUUGAAAUACUAAUGGUGGAGCCAAGCAGAACAUGAAAGUUCUUAGUCGAAAGGUGUUACAAUUGAGGGGUUGAUUGAAAUACUAGUUUCUGGAGUCCAGAUUGGUCCUUAGUGAGAUGAAAGAUCUGUUACUCACAUCUUAUUUUCCAUCUUUUUAUUGGACACUUAUUAAAAAAAAGCAAAAACUUUACAUUCAAAUAUAGACUUGAAUGGGUUCACACAGUGAAUAAUAUCUUGCAUUUCCAGGACAAGUGGCUUUGUGUGUAACAUCAACCUAUUUAAUUUCUGAAAAUCAUUCCAAAUUCUGAUCAAAAUUAGUAUAUACUGCUGUGUUAAUAAGAUCUCCUUAUCCAGAAAGUCACCCACACUCUCAUCCAGAUUAGUUAGCUCUUAUAUACAUUAUGAGAGACAUCAAUUAAAUGUUUAUGUCAUGUCCCAAACAUCAAUUUUCGCAAGUUAAAGUACAGUAACUAUAAUCUGUUCCAAGAACAUUAUUAAGAAUUGUUUACAACUCCAGUUCAAAGAAUUCAAAAGCCACAAGCUAGUUCAAAGUCAUCAAAAAAAGAAGAAAUUGAAACCCCCAUUAGAAAGAGACGAAUACCAGUUAGUUAAUGCACCAACCGCCUGUUAACAAGAUACAGUAGGAAACAAGUGGGGUAUUUGAAUUGCCCGACUUUACGCCAAGAAGCUUAGAAGAUAAGAGACGAAUACCAAUAGAAUGUCUUUAUAUGGAGAUGAUUGUUAUUUUUAUUACUACUCAAGCUGUAACAAGGGUACCAUGUGCCCAUAUCGACAUGUCCCUGAAGCAAGAGGAAAUGAAACAUCCUGUUCACUGUGGAAAGCUGGACAUUGUGCCAGACCCUCUUGUAGAUUUAGGCAUAUGGAAAUAAGUGUUGAUAGAUCAAACAUACCUUGUUAUUGGGAGUCCCAGCCUACUGGAUGUGCUAAACCCCACUGCCCCUUCAAACAUUAUUCAGAAAAAGUGGAAACUGACCCCAUAGAAGAGCGUUGUGUGAUUGCUCCAGUAAAUAAAUCUAUUAUUAAGAAUUUAGAGAGGUCCACACCCAGUCCUACUAAUCAGUAUAGUAGAUCUAGUCCUAAAAUAGAACCAGUUGUUGUUAAUCCUUCAUCAGAUGAUUCUGAUGAAGGAUCUCCGUUAAAGAAACAAGCUGGACAGAACAAAACAUUAACAGAAGUAACUGUUUCUAGACCAAAAAUUAUUAGUUUUAAAAAGAAUAUAGCAGACACAAAUAGUGCCCCACCUAUCGAGGUCAAGACUUUAGAAGAGUUGCGAAGAGAAAAAGAAAUGUUACAGAUAAUAAAUGAGAGCCUUGAAAAACCAUUGGAAGAUGAUUUGGAACCUUAUAAAGUAGUACAGAGAUCUAUAAGCCCUAUUAGAAAGAUAGUUCUGGAAACACCCGAAAAACCACAGAAAGAGCCAGUUUUGCCAACAAGAAUUAAGAUUGUAUCAAAUGUAGACAAUGGUAAACCAACGCCCACUGUGAAAGGUAAUGUUAAGAGUAGACUGAGUCGUAAACUAGGCGUGGAGAACAAAGAUUCAGCAACUCCAUCUCUUCAAGAAAAACCUAGACCAAUUACAUCUAGGCUGGGUCUGUCUGCCUCAUCAACAACAAAAGAGUUAUAUUCUUGUGUUGUCAUUCUUAGAAAAUAAAGACGAUGUCACAGAAAUAAAGAUUAAAAGUCUUGAUGAGAUAAGAAAAGCUAAAUCCAAUAAAGAAGCACAACCAUCUCAGAAAAAAGGUAUACGAAGAAUUACCCUAGUUAAUGAAGAAUCAGUUAAACAAUCAAAAACAGUUAAGACCACUGGUCUGACUGAAAUUAGAAAGAAGAGAACUUUAGGUGCUUUAAAAACACAGAAUGAAUCAGAACAAACAGAUCAAGAUAAUGUAAAUAAAUCACCUGUAGUGCAACAAGAAAACAAAAAGAAGAGAUUGAUUCAUCUUGAUAAACAAAAAUCCGCCAAGCAAGAACGUGCAAUAUAUGUUCCUCCUGGCAUGAAAACAAGUGAAACCAGUGUUUCGCCAACAAAGAGAUCUCGGCUUUCUUCAAGUCCUGAAUCUGAAAAAUCACCUGAGAAAUCAAAAGUUCGAGUUAAAACCUUUGCUGAAUUAAUGGCUGAGAAACGUAAGAAGAAGGAAGAAGAGGAGAAGAUGGAAGUGAAGAUACAGAAAAACAUUCCUAAAAAAUCAACACGUACUAACUUUACCCCGAUUGUGUUUGAUUUAAAUCAAAAAGAAAGAAUGGCGACCCCAAAAGUUGUUGCUGCAAGCCUACCAUUCAGACACAAGAAAUCAGCUUUUGUCACACCAUUACCCACCAAAUCUGAAAACGAUUCUGAAUCACUACCUGCAAAAGAUAUCAAAACUCAAAUUGUUCGUCCAGUCGUUUCAACUGGCACAUCCUCUCAUUAUAUCAAAGAUGUGGCCAUAGUUUCACCAUCGUCUGGGUCAAAUAAUUCGCAUAAUAAUACAGAAUCUACACAUCAAUCUCCAAGCAAACAAAAAUCUAAAGAAACAUUAGUUGACUCAAACCAUUUGAAAAAAGAAACCAGCAUUCCAUCAGUUGUACAGUCUAAGGAAUUACAUAACAAAGGGACUGGAAUCAAACCAAUUAUUGUUUCUGCUUCAAAUAUCAACACAACUGUAAAUGUUUCAAAUGUUAGAACUGAAAAAGUAACCUCAAGUGUAAAUGUUCCAGAUGUUAAAACUGAGAAAGUAACAUCAAGUGUAAAUGUUCCAGAUGUUAAAACUGAGAAAGUAACAUCAAGUGUAAAUGUUCCAGAUGUUAAAACUGAGAAAGUAACAUCAAGUGUAAUUGUUCCAAAUGUUAAAGCUAAAAAAGUAACAUCAAGUGUAAAUGUUCCAAAUGUUAAAGCUAAAAAAGUAACAUCAAGUGUAAAUGUUCCAAAUGUUAAAGCUAAAAAAGUAACAUCAAGUGUAAAUGUUAAAACUGAGAAAGUAAAUGUAGACUCAAGUGUUAAUCAAAGUAGUGAGGCAGUCCCAAUACCCUUGGCUGUUAAAAGAAAAUCUACAAGUGUCGGAUCAGACAGUGAUAAAAAGAAAUUACGACAAUCUUUCAACAUGUCUGAAGAAGAAGAUCUAUUAUUUGGAGAUGAUGACAAAAACUUUACGCUGUCGUCUGACGAUGACGAUAUUUUAGGAGAUAUAGAUGCUUUGUUAGCCUAACUAAUUUCAGAUGUUCAUAAUAAGAAUAAUUAUUUUAUGCGUUUUCAAGCUUGUGUACACUGUUUGAAUAUAUUUUGAAAAUAACCCUUACAAGUAAAGUGCAAUUUUAUCAUGUCGCUCGUCUUGAUUGUAUAAACUUUAGAUGUAUAAAUUACAAUAUGAAAGUGCUAAUUGAUGAUAAGAAUAAAUGAGUAAAAUUGUUACAUAUAUUGAAAUAUUUCAUCGUUUCAAGUUACACAGUGAUUUGUAUUAAGAGAUCUCAGUUUCAUUUAUAAUCAUACAAAACAAUGUCAGGUUAUAAACUUUGUAGUAAGAAAAUCAUGAGUGGUAGGGUUUAUGCCCAGUUAGAUUUUUUACUAUAAAUAACAAUAAUAAUUAUAUUAUGGAUUGCGUAAAUACAGUAACAAACAUUUGUACUGAGAUAAAAAACCCAAAAACAUUUAUAUCUGUAUAUUUUUCUGUAUAUUAUUGAUUUCCUUGUAAUAUAUAUAUGUAAAAUAUGUCAUCCAUACUUCCCUUAGCAGAGUGUAUAUCACUGAUUUUUUUUAUUUUUGAUUUUGAAUGUUAAUGAAAACGGUAAUUAAAGCCCUUUUACGAUGUGAUAGGGUUAACUUCAAAUAUUGAUUUACCGGUUUUAAAGCUAGCAUAUAAAACUUGUUCAUAAUAAGUUUUACAAUUGUAAAAAAGUACAAUACUAUAGAUUACAAUGUGAAAAUUAUGACCAAGUUAUUGUGAGAAAUUAGAUGUUCUUGUAUUAAAAAAAUUAAUAGUGCAUUUAUUGUCUUGUUUUUGAUAUAACAAAAGGGGUAACUUCAAAUAUUGAUUUACCUUAGGGACUUUAAGUUAGUUUAUCAUACAUGUUUUAAAGUUUUUAAAAGAAUUAUGAAUUCAAUAGCAACUUGCUAUAUAUUUUAUUUGUUUAAAGUCAGUCAUAGAUUUAUGUUUUGCGCAAGGAACUGUCAUAGUGCAGUGUACAUUUAUUUAUCAGCUUUGUAUCAAAGCUUAUCAAAAAUUCUGAUUUAAAUGUUUGAUUUUGUCCGUGCAUUGAAACAGUCAAAAGAUCAGCCUAUCACCAUAAAGUAUUGAAUGUAAAUUAUACUGUAUGCAUUGUUAAAUUUUUGUUUUGUUUAAUCCUCAGAGACAAGGAGGAUAAUAAAAUUUAUUAUUUCAGUUUGUUUAA